UUAUUUUUCAGUGGGCUAAAUGGCGUCUUGUCUUUAGGAGAUGCUUCCCAUGGAGUAUAAUGUGAUCUGCAUGCAGGAGCAGUUUGAGCUACAGAUGUUUGACAUAAGGAGAUGCCAAAGAGCAGAGCAGAGUACGUUGUCGACUGUGAUUUCGUCAUGAUCAGCUUCGUGUCUCGCUCAGGAAGACCCUCCCAUAAAAGCUCAACAAGUCACUCCCGGCUUUCUUUCAGUGCGCCUGCAAUGGACAUCACGACAAGAACUCACCGCUUCAUCUGAAAAACAAAGUUGAAACACACCCAACUUCAACCCCCUCUCUCUCUCUCUCUCUCUCGCAGACCCAGUUGGUGUGUGUGUCGAAUUCGAUCAUGGGGAGUGAGAAUCCAUUCGAGAAAAGCAUUUUGAGGACGCUUGAGAAGCCUGACGGUGGUGAGUUUGGCAAGUACUACUCUUUGCCAGCUCUCGACGACCCUCGAAUAGAUAGGCUCCCAAUAUCUAUUAAGGUCCUCCUUGAAUCGGCAAUCAGAAACUGCGAUGAGUUUCAGGUCAAGUGUGAGGAUGUUGAGAAAAUCAUUGAUUGGGAGAAUACUUCUUCAAAGCAGGUUGAAAUUCCCUUCAUGCCAGCUAGAGUAUUGCUUCAGGAUUUUACAGGAGUGCCUGCUCUUGUUGAUCUGGCUUGCAUGCGCGAUGCUGUCAAGAACCUUGGAGGAGACCCAGAAAAAAUCAAUCCAAUGGUUCCAGUAGAUCUUGUAAUUGACCACUCAGUUCAAGCUGAUGUGGUGAGGUCGGAAAAUGCAGUGCAAGCGAAUAUGGAACUCGAGUUCGAACGUAACAAAGAAAGAUUCGGUUUUCUCAAGUGGGGAGCCAUUGCAUUCCAUAACAUGCUUGUUCUUCCGCCUGGAGGUGGGAUUGUGAAUUUGGAACACCUUGGCAGAGUCGUGUUUAACACCAAUGGCAUUCUAUACCCUGAUAGCAUCAUCGGCACCGAUUCCCAUACGACCAUGAUAGACGGGUUGGGAGUUGCUGGCUGGGGAGUUGGUGGAAUAGAAGCUGAAGCUGCAAUGCUUGGACAGCCAAUGAGUAUGCUUCUUCCGGGGGUGGUUGGAUUUAGAUUAUUGGGAGAACUGCGAGAAGGUGUGACAGCCACUGACUUGGUGUUGACAGUAACACAAAUGCUGCGGAAGCAUGGUGUUGUUGGCAAAUUUGUGGAGUUCUAUGGAGAAGGCAUGAGGAAACUAUCAUUGGCAGAUCGUACCACAAUAGCUAACAUGUCUCCUGAGUACGGCGCAACCAUGGGAUUCUUUCCAGUGGAUCAUGUCACUCUACAGUACCUCAAGUUGACUGGAAGAAGCGAUGAAACUGUUUCCAUGAUAGAGUCUUAUCUGCGGGCUAAUAACAUGUUUGUGGACUAUGAUGAGCCUCCGGCAGAGAAAGUUUUCUCCUCUUAUCUAGAGCUUGAUCUUAAAGAUGUCGAACCCUCUGUAUCAGGGCCAAAGAGGCCACAUGAUCGAGUUCUCUUGAAAGAAAUGAAGGCGGACUGGCGUGCAUGCUUGAACAAUAAAGUAGGAUUUAAGGGAUUUGCGAUACCAGUGGAAGCCCAGAGCAAGUUUGCAGAGCUCACGUUCAAUGGAACUCGAGAAAAGCUUAGGCAUGGUGAUGUUGUCAUAGCAGCUAUUACCAGUUGUACUAAUACCUCGAAUCCUAGUGUAAUGCUUGGGGCUGCUUUGCUUGCUAAGAAGGCCUGUGAAUUAGGAUUAGAGGUUAAACCAUGGAUUAAGACAAGUCUUGCUCCUGGUUCGGGAGUUGUGACCAAAUAUCUGACAAAGAGUGGCUUGCAGAAGUACUUGGAUCAGUUGGGCUUUUACACAGUUGGCUAUGGAUGCACCACAUGCAUUGGGAACUCAGGAGAUCUCCAUGAGGCUGUCGCUUCUGCAAUUACUGAUAAUGAUAUUGUUGCAGCAGCUGUACUCUCUGGCAACAGGAAUUUUGAGGGCCGCGUGCAUCCCCUUACGCGGGCUAAUUAUCUAGCUUCUCCCCCACUUGUGGUGGCCUAUGCUCUUGCUGGCACUGUUGACAUUGAUCUUGAAACAGAACCCCUUGGGCGCAGAAAAGAUGGAAGAAGUGUAUUUUUGAAGGACAUUUGGCCAACAAACGAUGAAAUAGCAAAAGCUGUGCAGUUGAAUGUGCUUCCAGAUAUGUUCAGGGCCACGUAUGAUGCAAUAACCGAAGGAAAUCCUCUGUGGAAUGGAUUACUUGUGCCUUCUGGAACUCUUUACGCGUGGGACCCAGCCUCGACUUACAUUCUUAAGCCACCUUUCUUUGAAAACAUGACGAUGACACCUCCUGGCCCUCGCAGCGUGAAGGAUGCAUAUUGCUUGCUCUAUUUUGGUGACAGCAUCACGACUGAUCACAUAUCGCCAUCCGGUAGCAUCCACAAGGACAGUCCUGCUGCUAAGUACCUGGUGGAACACGGGGUUGAUAGGAGAGACUUCAACUCUUACGGGAGUCGCCGUGGCAAUUACGAGGUGAUGGUGAGGGGCACUUUCGCCAAUGUCCGAAUUGUCAACAAGCUCCUGGAAGGAGAAGUCGGGCCUAGGACGAUCCACAUACCCAGUGGGGAAAAGAUGCACGUUUUCGAUGCUGCCAUGAGAUACAAGAAUGAGGGCCAGGACACUAUUGUCUUGGCUGGUUCUGAGUACGGUGUAGGGAGUUCCCGGGACGGAGCUGCCAAGGGUCCGAUGUUAGUGGGGGUGCAAGCGGUCAUAGCAAAGAGCUUCGAGCAAAUUCACCGCAGCAAUCUAGUUGGAAUGGGAAUUAUCCCGCUCUGUUUCAAACCUGGAGAGGACGCCGAGACGCUCAGGCUAAAUGGCCACGAAAGAUACACGAUCGACCUUCCAAACAAAGUGAGUGAAUUGAAACCCCGUCAAGAUGUGAAAGUAGUGACGGACAACGGGAAGUCAUUUGCAUGCACAUUGCGCUUUGACACCGAGGUGGAGCUGGCUUAUUUUGAUCAUGGUGGUAUUCUGCAAUAUGUCAUCCGGACCUUAGUCGAGGAUAAGCACAGAAAGUGAUAGCCCCUAUGUUACGGAAACUGGAAAUUCAACAUGGGUAUUAUAUUAGACUUGGGAAUCGAGCACGAUGUGUGUAAGUUAUGGAAUGAACAUCCAUUGAUCUUGAACUAAACCUGGGAGUGAUGUUUAGCCAAAAGAGAGACAGUCAUGAAAAAGUUUCUUGUGCUUGUUAAGGCUAUUCACGGUUCCAUGGGAAGUAAGUGGAAGCGACCAAAUUCAAGUGAUUCGACAGAACAGCAAGUAUCGAGAGCACAGGGAGAGGCAUAUGCAAGUUGGUACAUGUUUAUGGGAUCAGACCUGACUAUAGUUAGGACAAUUUAAGUAUUCCAUGUACAACGUACUCUUGUUCCGUGCGAAUAUCUCAUUGUAUGUGUCUGAACUUGCAGAGUCCCAAGGAAAAAGAAGGUUGAUG